AUUCAAUGUCAUAGGUCAUAGUGACAUUCCGAGGAGGAAACAUGGCGAUGGCGGCGAAGAGAGUUUUCGAGGUCUUUGUGUCUAAAGUGCCAUGGACUGUAGCCGGCAAGGACAUGAAGGAGUACUUUGGACAGUUUGGCUCAGUGAAGAAGUGUGUCCUACCAUUUGACAAAGAAACAGGGUUUCACAAAGGCUACUGCUGGGUUAGAUUCACAACAGAGGAAGGACUUAACAACGCACUUCAGAAAGACCCACACAUCCUGGAGGGAGCCAAGCUCCAGGUUCAGAGGAAAAGACAUCUAUUUAUAGGACAGAAUUCACAUAGUGAAUAUGAUUGAAGCUCUUUACUGUGUUGAUGACAGACAAAGAUGUGUUAUUGUCAGGCCCUUAUUCACUAAGAGUGUGCUCUUGCUCUGGCUGCUUCACCUGCUUGAUAGUUGAAAUUUUGCACCUUUGGCCUAUAAAGAAACUUAAGUGAACUGGGAUCAUUGUCUAUAUUUCCGUUCAGAAAUCUCUGUAUGACCUGACUGUCUUCCUUCUUUUAGACAGCAUCACUUAAUUUGGGCCUGAGCACAUUAUUUUAGUGGAUUGCCCAGUAGUAAUGUCUUUAUAUAUUGUCAGUGUUAGUUUUGUGACUCCUGUGACCAUCUUGUCCUGCACCAUUAACAACACAUAGCAGGUUAAUGCCAACCUAUAAGGUUUAUGAAACAUCACUUACUGAUAUUGUGACAAUAAAACAUUUAAAACCCUU